AUGCCCACACCCCUCCAGGAGGUUGGCGCGGAGGACGCGGCCCGCGCGGCCGAGCUGGCGGCCUACUUCACACACUGCGCCCUGCAGCCGGUGCACCUGGCCCUUAGCCUGCGCAGCGCCAUGGCGAUCUUCUUCAAGCUGCGCAACUUCGCCACCGCCGCCACCUUCGCGCGCCGCCUGCUGGAGCUCAACCCCGGGCAGAAGAUGGCGCAGGCGGCGCGGCAGGUGCUGGUGGCCUGCGAGAAGACGCCCGUGGACGAGGUCCCCGUGAACUAUGAUGCGCGCAACCCCUUCGACAUCUGCACCAUCACUUUCACACCCAUAUACCGCGGCUCAAAAUUCGCAGAGGACAGGUACACCGGGGCGCGCUUCCAGCCGCAGUGUGAGGGCCAGGUGUCUCCUGUCGGCGAGUUCUGCAAGAUCGGCGCAGACGCGGGGGGCCUGGUCAUCUCCCCCACGCAGCUGCGGUGA